CUCCCCGCUCCCCACCACCAUCAUCUUCUUCCGCCUGUCUCCUCUUCCUCCCUGCAUAUAUACCACCGUGAUCCCAGCGAGCUUCCACCAUCCCCCAGCUCCGCUCCCUUCUAGUUCCCUCGGACCAGCGCGCAUACAUACCUGUGAUCUGCCACAACCCCCACCGAGAUGCUGUGUGUGUGGACGACGCAGCUGGUCGCUCCAAGCAUGGGAGGAUCCAUGGGCGUGGUGCGAGCCGUGUGAUCCACAAAAGUGUGCGUGCACGCAAGGAUGUGCUUUUCCUGCCGUGUCCCCGCCAAGCUCUGGUGGUGAGAGACCGAGGAGAGGCCGCGCACGUACGUACGUGUGAUCACUCCAUUCCAUACUGCUGUGCCGCCCGUGUCUAGCUUCUUGCCGUUUGUCGACAUGUGGGGCGACGUGGUGGCGCUCGUCCGGCAGGGCCUGCGGUGGCGGCGGAGGAGGGGGAGGAGAUCGACGGCGCGGGUGGUGGACGAGAGCGCGCUCGGCCUCGGCGCCGACGGUGAUGCCGGCGCCGCCGCGGCUGCGCCGAGCGUGGGCGGCGCCCUGGCCAGGGCGCUCCUGGCGCUGGCGUGCGCCGUCCGCUUCGACGGCGAGGACCUGCCGACGGAGGAAGCCUGGGCGGCGAGCGUAUGGCGGCCACGGGCCGACGAGGUCAGCCACCUGAUGGUGCGCGAGAGCAUGCGCUAUGCCAUCUACGCGUAGGAUUGUGAGUACAACGUCUGUACUUACGUACGAUUGAUUGGGGUUACGUAUAACUAGCUGUGUAUGGUGUAUAACUAGUAGAGUAUUAGAGUGAUGUAUCUUGGAUGUACGUAAAGGUCACCACCACCACCACCACCACUACUACUAGAGAUGCCAUGGCGAUUGGCUUAGCCUAUGUUAUGUAGCAUUCUCGGUUAAUCUGAACUUCUGAAGGUCACUGCAAUUUACUCUACAUGUCAACAAAGAGUCAUCUCUUCCUCUUUA